AUGACCUCUUCUGGCCAUCUCAGCCCCCGGGGGCACCCUCCAAGGAUGGUGAGGCCCUCAGGAACUUUGGCUCAACGUGGAGCCAACCUUCUAGCCCUAAACUAUCAGGACAUCCUGGAUCAGCUCAAGAAGCAGUUCCCUAGGUUCCCGCCACACUUGCCAGCGCAGGUGGACAGCAUUUACUCCUUGCUCCAGAAGAUUCGGCAGGGUCUACAGGAAUAUCACAGACAGACAGAAAAUUUCCUACAGAUCAUGGCGACGUGGAGCCAACCCCUGGACUUCCAGCCAGGGGAGGCUGACCAGGCCUCCUGGGGACCACCCAGCCCCGAGGCUCCCCAGCACCCAGUGGUCAAGCCCCCGCAGCCCUCCGCUCUUAAGGAGCCAAACUUCGAAGACAUCAUGGCCACAAGGUCAUCUGAAUGGCUCCAGCAGCCCUCUGGAGUGGACAACUCCCCAGUUCACCAGCUAGACACGCGGCCAUCCUGGGACUCUGAGCCCCAGUUUUGGCAGGAUGUUCUGACCCAGCAACUCUGGCAGAUCUUUGCUGGGACCCACGAUAAGGUGGACCAACCGAGACACAGGCUGACAGAUGAGAUGCCAGACCUGGAAAGCCAGGACCCCGGACCAUUCUACUUUGGAGCAGAACCCCGUACUCAAGAUGUAUUGGGUUCCCAAGAAGGGAGCACAAGGCCAGGCAUGGCACCAGGCGUGAUGCUGUCCCGUGUGGCCCAGGAGCCUGCUAGGAGAACCUGUUCCUUUCUGAAGCCCAUAUGCUGGGACCCUGAGGACUUCGAAGACACGUGGAAGAGGCCAGAUGCCUUGCCCAGGCAACCCAAGAAGUUGGCCAUCCCACACAGAAUGAAAAAGAUGCGGACACUAAAACACGGGGAGGCGGUGCUGGCCACAGCAGUGAGCAGCUUCAUGCGGCAUGCGUUCACCUGCAGCAGGAGUGGCGUCAAGGUGUGGAGCCUGGUCGGCCAGGUGGUAGAGGACAGAUUCCCUGUCAGCCACCUGCGUGUACAGACCCAGGGGGCCUACCUGCGCACCUGCCUACUGUUCUCUAACAGCACUACUCUGCUGACGGGCGGCCACAACUUGACCAGUGUGAGUGUUUGGGACCUGAUGGCACCCUCCCUGCACAUAAGAGAUGAGCUACCCUCUGCAGGUCUCACAUGCCAGGCCCUGGCUGCCAAGCUGGAGGACAGCCUGGCCUUUGCCGGCUUCAUCGAUGGCACCAUCAGGAUCUGGGACUUGCGGGACCAGAGUGUGGUCAGGGACCUGCCAGGCCCCCCGAAUGGAGCCAAGAGCAUUGUUGUCAAAGACCAGAACAUCUGGACUGGGGGUCUGGAUGCCUGCCUGCAGUGCUGGGAUCUGAGGACCAUCAGGGAGCCCCAGGAAUACCAAUUUGAGUCUCAGAUAAUAAGCCUGUCUGCCAACCCCUGGGAGGACUGGGUUCUGGUAGGCACAGCCAAUGGCCAGCAGUGGCUGCAGCCCACCUGCGGGGGCCAGAAACGCAUGGUGGGAUGUAAGGACAGCACCAUCCUUGGUCUCAAGUUCUCCCCUCUCGGCCAGUGGUGGGUGAGCGUUGGGAUGGACAACCUGGUCAGCAUUUACAGCAUGCCCACAGGAACCAUGGUGUUCCAGGUACCAGAGACCACCUCUGUCAGGUGCUGUGAUGUGUCCUCUAACAACCGCCUGAUCGUCACAGGGUCCAGGGACCAUGCCUCAGUGUACCAGAUCACAUACUAA